GUGCACACACGCGGAAGUUCGUCUGAACCUGCGACAGUGUGUUUUCUGAGCUUAUAAUGAGUAAUAUCAUGUUCACUUUCACUAAACUGAUGCUUAAGAUGUUUUAAUAUUUAAAGGGCAACAUGAGCGGUAUGUGCAGGGAGGUAGUUACACUCCAGCUGGGACAUUAUUCCAACUUUGUCGGGACACAUUGGUGGAAUUUACAGGAUGCGGGUCUGGUUUAUGACGCGGUGGAGCCGGCGGGUGAGCUUCAGAGUGACGUGAUGUUCAGAGAGGGUCAAACGCUGGGUGGUCAUGUGACAUACACACCUCGACUCAUCGCCAUGGACCUCAAAGGAAGUCUUCAGACGCUGAGGAAGCAGGGCAGUCUGUACGACACGGAGAACGAGGACACCAUCUCCACAUGGGAAGGAGAGAUUAUGACCCACAAAGAAAGUCCUCCCACCAAAAACCCUUUCCUACAGGAUCUCGACAAUAUAGAUACGGGAGGUUUACCAGCAGAUCCAGGUUUCGCGUGUCCUUCCUCUGCGGUGGAUCGCAGCUCAGGAGCGAGCGUUGCCGUGGCGACGGUGAACAGCAGUCUGGAGCGCCUACAGAAGGCCUAUAGGCUGGAGGGGAGCGUGAGGGUGUGGUCAGACUUCCUGAGGAUACACCUCCACCCGCGCACCGUCGCCGUCAUUAACCAGUACAACCAUGACGGUGAAUCUGAGCGUCUGGAAGCGUUCGGCCAGGGGGAGGCGCUCUUACAGGGUCCAUUUCUGGAGGAUCUGGAGGAUCGACUGCACUUCUUCGUGGAGGAGUGUGACUAUCUGCAGGGUUUCCAGGUGUUGUGUGACCUUGCUGACGGCUUCUCGGGCUUGGGGUCAAAGGUCACAGAGUUGUUGCAGGACUCUUACGGAGGCCGUGGCAUCCUCACCUGGGGCGUGGCACCUGUCAAUCACCCAGACACGAGCUCUGUACUGGACUUGUACCACAUGCUGAACUGUGCGUUGGGGACGCUGCACAUGGCCAAUCACAGCUCUUUCUUCUGCCCUUUGACCCUGAGAGGCGGACUGGGCAGACGUCCCCCGCCGCCCACUGCUUUCCCGCUGCUCAACUGUGACCCGGCGCUGUGGUUCCACUCCGGCUCAGUGCUGGCUCUGGCUCUGGACUGCAUGACGGUGCCGUAUAGGUUGGGAACGGGCGGUUCAGUGAUGUGGCAGCUGUCGGACGCCCUGACCGCCUCGGGGAGGAAGGUGGUUUCAGCGUAUGGCUCGGUGCCGUUUCCCAUGAUGCACGGCAGCUGCCUCCCUGAGGCUCUGGAUGCCUUUUCGGAUGCGUUACCGUGGAAACCCCUUUCAGCGUGUCCUGAGCUCGGCGACGGGCGCUGUUUCGGCCAAUCGGUGACUCUGAGAGGUUUAGACGGGCAGAGGUUAGUCAGUGCUGUUCUCCCGGGUGUGGAGCCGCCCAGUCCUCUGCACUACGAGUGCUCUGGAGAAGACGUGCUGGCGACGUACGUCAGGUCACGUUACCCAUCAUCCCCUCUGGCGGUGCAGCUGCUGUCCAGUCCCAGUAAACUCACGCCUCCGUUCCCACAGAUCUUCAGUCCGGCUCUGGGUCCGCAGGGCUUCCUCCAGAACCAGUCUGAUCCCGCUGACACCGGCUCUCAGCGGGUCUCCGGUGUCCCGGUGCUGACGAGUCUCCAGUCGGGUCCUGCCGUGGGUCUCCAGCUGUCUGAGCUGCAGAAGAUGUGUUCAGCGCUGGACCUGCGGCGCGUCACCCCGAGCUUCCUCUCGCACGGGCCCGAGUUCAGCGAGCUCAGUGAGUCCCUGGAGCAGCUCCGCAACCUCGCGCUCUGCUACCGCCAGGACCGCUCGCGCUCUUCCUCCGACGAGGACGACGAGGACAACUGAGGGAUGCUCUU